GGGGCCGGGCGCAGAGGGCAGGAGCGCGGCGGGCGGGACGAUGCUGCAGUCCCUGGCCGGCAGCGCGUGCGUGCGCCUGGUGGAGCGGCACCGCUCGGCCUGGUGCUUCGGCCUGCUGGUGCUGGGCUACCUGCUCUACCUGGUCUUCGGCGCCGUGGUCUUCUCGUCGGUGGAGCUGCCCUACGAGGACCUGCUGCGCCAGGAGCUGCGCAAGCUCAAGCGGCGCUUCCUGGCCGAGCACGAGUGCCUGGCGGAGCCGCAGCUCGAGCAGUUCCUGCGCCGGGUGCUGGAGGCCAGCAACUACGGCGUGUCGGUGCUCGGCAACGCCUCGGGCAACUGGAACUGGGACUUCACCUCCGCGCUCUUCUUCGCCAGCACCGUGCUCUCCACCACCGGGUAUGGCCACACCGUGCCCCUGUCGGACGGGGGCAAGGCCUUCUGCAUCAUCUACUCGGUCAUCGGGAUCCCCUUCACCCUCCUGUUCCUGACGGCCGUGGUCCAGCGUGUCACCGUGCAUGUCACCCGCAGGCCCGUCCUCUAUUUCCACGUCCGCUGGGGCUUCUCCAAGCAGGUGGUGGCCGUCGUGCACGCCGUCCUGCUCGGGUUUGUCACCGUGUCCUGCUUCUUUUUCAUCCCCGCUGCCAUCUUCUCUGUCCUGGAGGACGACUGGAACUUCCUCGAAUCCUUUUAUUUCUGCUUUAUUUCCCUGAGCACCAUUGGCCUCGGAGAUUAUGUGCCUGGAGAAGGCUACAAUCAAAAAUUCAGAGAGCUCUACAAGAUUGGGAUCACGUGUUACCUGCUCCUCGGCCUGAUCGCUAUGUUGGUGGUUCUGGAAACCUUCUGUGAACUCCACGAGCUGAAAAAAUUCAGAAAAAUGUUCUACGUGAAGAGAGACAAGGGUGAUGACCAAGUGCACAUUAUGGAGCACGACCAGCUGUCCUUCUCGUCCAUCACAGACCAAGCAGCUGGCCUAACGGAGGAUCAGAAGCCGAGCGAGCCUUUUGGGGCCACUCAGUCGUCUGCCUACGCGGAUGGCCUGGCGAGCCACUGAGCUGGCCUUGGCUGUGUGGUCCUCGGGGCGCCAAGAAGAGGCUGCAUCAUGUUCCUGCACACGAGAAUGUGUAAAAGCCAAGAUGAUGUUAUUUUAAGAAAUGUCCAUGGUCCGCACUGUUUUGAAAAACAAAAAGUUGGAACAAAGGAAGCUUUGACUCUGGAGGGCUGUCUAGCAUCUGGGGAAAUGGAGGGUGACAAAAUUGUCUAGACUUUACUAGUAGGAGGUGAAUACCUGAAGCGGUGUGCUGCUGUGGAUAGAAGCAGAUUUUAUACUUUUAACUGGGGACUUUGGGCUUUGCAUUUAAAUCAUUUAGCUGAUGGCUAAAUAGCAACAUUUAUAUUUAAAAGCAAAAAGAAAAAAGCGUAGAGAUAUGUUUUAUAAAUAGGUGUAUGUGUCCUGGUUUGCAUGAGCCCAUCCAAAAUGAUUAUUUUUGUAGACUCUAAGUUAAAACUACUAUUUAUAAUGAAUCGGUAACCAUGAACUAUGUACAUAUAACAUAUAAAUAUGUUUAUAUCCUGUACAUACGGUUUAGGUUACUGGGUCCCAGUGUAUUUCUUAACCCAAGAUUGUGGAUAUUUUUUUUUUCUUUUGAUUUCUCUUUAUACUAAAGAAUCCAGAGUUGCUGCAGUAAAAUAAGGGGAAGAAUAAACUUAAGAGUUAAUAGUUAUAGUAUUCUGCUACAAUAAAUGUUUAUACCCUCUUGCAAUAGUAUGGUUUCAGAUGUCUAAACCGUUUGUAAACAUUUUUGGGGGGAGUGAAUUAGUAAUGCAGGAUUUGUAAAAUGGUUAAGGUAGUUUGUUCUGAAAGUGCAUUGUGAUUUACAGCCACCUAAUACUAAAGCACAGAACUUGGACAUAAAAGCCCCAAAUAAACAGAUUAUGUUGCAUUAA